GGAAAUGGCUUAUAAAUAUAGUACUUCAACUCGUAGAAUAUAUGAAAUUUGGAAAAGACAUGCUGAAGGAAUACCCUUGUGCAAACAGCAACUAAUACAUAGUGUUGUUUCUUCUAAAAUAAUAUCUGAAAAUAAUACUUCAGAUAAGAAGUCAAAGAAAAGAAAAUCAGGAUCUGAUGAAAUCGAUAACUUACGAGUUAAGCUUGCACAAAAUCGUAAAGAAAGGGAAGAGGCUAAAU